GGGGGAGGAGGAGGAGGAGGAGGAGGAGGAGGGCAGGCGGCGAUGGCGUUCAUGGAGAAGCCGCCGGCCGGCAAGGUGCUGCUGGACGACACGGCGCCGCUGAGCGCGGGCAUCGAGGCGAGCCAGAGCCUGCACUCGCACACGGAGUACAUUAUUCGUGUGCAAAGAGGAAUUUCCAUAGAAAACAGCUGGCAGAUUGUGAGAAGAUACAGUGACUUUGACUCACUCAACAGCAGUUUGCAGAUUUCAGGUCUAAGCCUACCUCUUCCUCCCAAAAAAUUGAUCGGCAACAUGGAUCGGGAGUUCAUAGCUGAAAGACAGAAAGGUCUCCAGAAUUAUCUCAAUGUAAUCACCACAAAUCACAUCCUCUCCAAUUGUGAACUGGUGAAGAAGUUUUUGGACCCCAACAACUAUUCUGCCAAUUACACCGAAAUUGCCUUGCAGCAAGCUUCCAUGUUCUUUCGAUCUGAACCCAAGUGGGAGGUGGUGGAACCGCUGAAAGACAUAGGUUGGAGGAUACGGAAGAGGUAUUUCUUAAUGAAGAUUAAGAACCAGCCGAAAGAGCGCCUCGUGUUAAGCUGGGCUGACCUCGGCCCUGACAAGUACCUGUCAGACAAGGAUUUUCAGUGCAUAGUCAAGCUCCUUCCUUCUUGCUCGCACCCACACAUCUACCGAGUCACCUUCGCCACAGCCAGUGAAUCCUCCGCCUUGGUCAUUAGGGCCUUUAAUGAGAAAGGAACGCUGAAGGACCUCAUCUACAAGGCAAAACCAAAAGACCCGUUCCUGAAGAAAUACUGCCACCCCAAGAAAAUUCAGGGCCUUGAGCUCCAGCAAAUAAAAACAUUUGGACGACAGAUAUUAGAGGCAGUAAGAUUCCUCCACGAGAAGGGGUUUCCUUACGGACAUCUGCAUGCUUCCAAUGUGAUGCUGGAGGGAGACACCUGCCAACUGCUGGACCUCGAGAACUCCUUGUUGGGGCUCCCUUCCUUCUACCGGUCCUACUUCUCACAAUUUAGGAAAAUUAACACGUUAGAAAGUGUGGACGUCCAUUGCUUCGGACACUUACUUUAUGAAAUGACCUACGGUCGGCCUCCAGACUCGGUCCCAGUGGACACGUUCCCACCUGCGCCAUCCGAGGCUGUGGUGGCCGUGCUAGAAACCCUGCUGUCUCAGGAAGCCUGUAAGAAUGGCAUGCCCACCGUCUCCCGCCUCUUACAGAUGCCACUAUUCAGUGACGUGUUUUUAACCAGUUUGGAGAAGCCGCAGUUUAAGAUCCCCACCAAGCUAAAAGAGGCGUUGAAAAUCGCCAAAGAAUGCAUAGAGAAGAGGCUGGUUGAAGAGCAGAAACUGAUUCACCAGCACCGCAGAUUGACAAGAGCCAAGUCCCACCACGGCUCUGAGGAAGAGAGGAGGAAACGCAAGAUCUUAGCCCGGAAGAAAUCAAAACGCUCUGCAUUUGAAGGCAGUGAAGAACAGUCGGCCAAGUACAGCAACUCCAAUAAUUCAGCAGGAUCUGGGGCAAGUUCCCCGCUGACUUCCCCAUCAUCUCCAACCCCACCCUCCACAGCAGCUGUGUUGUGGGUAAAUGAAGUCACAGAAGCCGGGUCAACAUUGCCGCCACCCCCCGCACCUCCCCCUCCACCGGGGGCUCCGCCACCUCCUCCCAUGGAUGCACCAACACCAUCCCUCUUUCCACCUCCGUCUGCGAACGGUACCAGCCGAGGAGCCUUGCUCAGCUCCAUUCAGAAUUUUCAAAAAGGUACUCUGAAGAAAGCCGAAACUUGUGACCACAGUGCCCCGAGGAUCUGCUGAAGGUGGCUGUUGCCAGUUGGUUGCCAUAUUUGUUUUUCCCUUUGACACACCUCUGCGCACUCCCACACUUUGACGGUGAAUGACUGAUGAGCCAGGGGGUGGCACUGUGCAGAUGCCCACCCAGGGGUCUUUUCAAGAGGGCAAUGACACGGCAAGGAUUAAGUGUGAAUGACCACCUUGUUUUUGUCCUCUGGGCAUCUUGGAGUCAUCAAUAGUUCUACCAACUGAAUCAGAAAGCAGGGCAACAGUGACAAUACUCAGAUCAUGGCAGCAACUGCACUGUGUGUGUCGUGGCUCCUCCUUCCCCAGCGCGUGGAUCUUGUCUGUCCCUGGCUGCUUGCCAGGCUCUUGGGAACACCUUCCAUUUCUGUGGAUUGGGCUUCAUCUCUGCUGUUUUCCUAAGAGCACUGGGCCCAAAGCACAUACCAGGGCCAAGUUUAGGAGACGACCUGAGCUCAUGAUUGGCCCGAAAACAACUUGGACAGUGGAUGUCUUCUGUGAGUUUUCAUGGGGAAACUUCCUAGGAUAUGGGGUUGUUCCAACAGCCCUUCUAGGCCCCAAAAUUGCCACUUUUAAUCAGAAUCUUUUGGAAAAGGGAUGAGAGAAUACUAAUGGGAUCCAUCAGAUAGAGAAGACUUCUAACAUUUUACAUCAAAUUAGUUGAAGACAAGGGAGGGUUUUUUACGACACAAAUAAAUUUAACAUCUUUAAGAAAUGACUAUCUUGGAAAAACCGAACAUAAAUACAUCUUACAUAUUCUUAAUGUUAUUGAUUUAUUUGAAAAGAUCCUUUAUUUUAUGAUUUGCUUAAACCUUUAAACAAAUUGCACUUUAAAGGAUUAUAGAUAAUCCAUUUUUGAAUUCAAGUAUCCAUCAGUGUUUGUUACUAUGCAGAGAAUGUCAUUGUGUAUAAAGUUUCAUGUAACCUGAUAUAUAUUCAGUUGUAUUUUUUAUUAAAAUAAUAAACCAUGUCAAGAGAACUUGUCUAUAUAGAUAAACCAGGUAUUUCAAGACACUAUACCUUCAGGAUUCUUGGAGACCCCGUUUAGUAAAUAAAGGUGGAGAGAUUUGUACAGUA